AAAGCAAAGUGAUUUUCUUCCAAGCGCGAUCUUUCACACUUUACUACGACAAUACGACGACGGCCAAGGUUCUUGGGCCACACGCGAGGCCUACGAUCAUAGAAGACACCGUCGAAUGUGGAUGAAAGCGUCCACGGCAAGGCUCAUGCGUCGAGUUGAAGGCCGUUGGAAGCAGUACGAGGGAGUACGUCGCGAUUGCAAGGAUCGUGCUCCAGCGCACCUUCAAACUGGGUUGUUGGCGCCGCUCCGCCCGACGACUUGAUGCCACAUAAUGUUCUGCAGUCGUCAGGGUCGCGGUUCAAAGAGCCGGCUUGAGGUUGCGGCUUCCACGAUCCCCGCACUCGUGACGCAUUCGUAAGACGAUCGAAUGGUCGUCGGUUCACGGUCGGUCGGCCGCAGCAACGGGAAAAUCUU